AUGGCGACUGGCACACUCAAACUGAUGUACAUCUUCUCUACGCUGUUCAGUUAUGUGUCAUGGGGAUCAAUCAGUGAGGGAAAACCUAUAAUUGGCGUGCUGUACAGUGGUAGCACUAGGUCAUGUUUGUCUGACCUAUUCCAGGCCGUGGACGGCCCAAGAUCAGAGGUUCUGCGGAGGGAGGUGAACCAUUCCAGUUCAGUGCUGGUUAACAGGGAUGUAUGUGAUCUUGUGGAUGUGGGUGUCCGGGGCCUAAUCACAGUCCUCCCUCACACACAACAGACGAUGGUCAUCUCACAGGCUGAGGCUCUCCACCUUCCCAACUUGGUGAUUGACCUGCGGCCUUUCAGGUCACCACAGAGGAAAGACUUCUCUGUCCAGCUUAAUCCAUCACCCACUAUCAACAGUCACAUGAUUAAAGACAUCCUGUCUGCUGUCGGCUGGACAACAGCCACUCUCAUCUUUGACGACGUUAUUGAUUUUACACAGAGUGAAAACUUACGGCGGGAAUUGCAGACAAAGCUAAUACGCGUGCGCACUUUCUUACUCAAAGUUACCUCAGGAAACUUCAUCCGGCUCAGCCCGCCUUCCAGAUCCUUCCCAAGACCGGAUCGGCAACUAGUUUACUUUGGACGGGGAUAUAUUUGGAGGAAGUUUGUGAUGCAGAGUAUGGAUCUUCUGAGUGAUAGUUGCUUCUGGAUCGUGAUCUCGGAUGUGACGUCACAGGAAGCCCUGGCGACGCUGGAGGCGAAUGUACACGCUAAUGUAGUGUUUGUAAGGGAGAAGUGGAGAGGCUGUAUGGAAGAACAGGAAGAAUCUGGGCACAAGAUGACGCGCAACUCAAACAGGUCGACUGUAUUGGACAGACUGUUGAUAGAUUCCAUCAAGUUGUUCUCCAGUGCAGUGACAAGGGACAGCAACCACCAGGGAGCGUGUUCUGUGUUCCACCCAAAUCCUCUGGUCAAUUCUCAUCAUCUGCAGAACAUACUGGCAGAUCUAUCAGUGCUGCCCGGUAGAGGAGAGACAAUUACCAGGGAGUAUGACAUCUGUAGCUCUAUUCACAAAGACACGGUGACAAUAGUUCGCAGCGGGGAGUGGAGUGUAACACACGGCCUGGUGACUCACAAGAGAAACCUCUUCCUGAACACCUUCCACGACUUUGGCACGGAGGCCAUUCGAGUGGCAGCCCAUCAUGAGAGUGAGCCAUUUUCGGUCCGAGUCAUUGAAGACGGGCGAACCUUUUACGCUGGCUUCUGUGUGAACAUUUUAGACGAACUGGCAGAGCGAAUGGGAUUCAAUUAUACCAUAGUAGAACCCCCAGAUGGACAGUAUGGCGCCCCAGACGAAAAUGGGACGUGGAAUGGCAUGGUGGGCAUGGUGUACAGAGGGGAAGCGGAAAUAGCAAUUGGUCCUUUCAUCAUUACUCCGGUGAAAAAACAGGUGGUGGACUUAACCAUUCCCUUUUCAGAGGCAAGCACCGGUAUCAUGACUCUCGCCCCCGGCUACGAGGCCAGCAAGAGUUUAUUCAAGACAUUGAAACCUUUCUCCGCACCGGUGUGGAUCUGUGUUCUCUUUUCUGUUAUUAUCGCCGGUGGUGCCUCAUUUCUUGUCAACCGAUUUACGCCAUUCCAGAGGAAGCCAGAAGCGUGUCUAUCUCAAGCAAAGUAUGAGUCUAGCCUUGAGGAUAAUAUGUGGAUGGUGUACAGCUCUGUCACGGAGCAAGGUGUUUACUACACGCCAGACGCGGUGUCAGGUCGGUGCCUCAUUGCAUUCUGGUGGCUUUUUACCAUCCUCUUGGUUUCCGCCUACACCGCCAACCUGGCCGCUAUUCUGACCAUACCUUUCUCACCUCCGGUGCCAAUAAACUCCCUGGAGGAAUUGGUAGCUCAGGACGAGAUUCAGCCCAUAGUCUGGAGUGAAAGCUACACAGAAACCAUGUUUAAGGGAGCACCCUACGCCAGAAUCAUCAACUACCAGUAUAUAUCCAGUGCUGACAACGGUGCCUGUUCCAUAGCUAUAUCGUAA